CCCACAACGUAGCAGUAGCUAUCUUGCCGCUAGUAGCCGAAUGAAUUUGGGGGGAGUGCCUGGUUUGAAGCUAGCAAACUGCCGUCGUUAGUGGGAAGGAGGCGGUUCUAGUCCCCCGCUCGCACGAGAGAAAGACCCGCCUCAUCUGUAAAAUGAACGCUGCCAGUCUGGGAACGUUCCGACAGUAAUUAUUAUACCUCAGUAAUUCCAACCGGCUCCUUUGCUUUGGUAAACGUGUUAGAGUUCUCACUGCUUGAAGACUACUUAUGGAUGGAAACUUGACCACACGACGUGACACUGGAUCUCUGCUGGGAGUGUGUGGCCUGUCCGUUGCCUGCACAGUGAGGCUUGGUGCCUGGAGCUGAGUCUAGCUCUUUCCCCCUCCCUUCUGGUGGCUCCUUAUGCUGGAUUGCAGCUGUACCCCGUGUCUUGCAGGAUGGAUGGUGUGGAUCUAAAGGGUCUCGUGUGUUGGCAGCGCUCCCUGUUCUGUGACAGUGUUCUCUUCUUUUCUAUUUACAAAAGAACACCCCCCCAUCCUCCACCCAGACUCUGAGCCCUGUAUACCUACUAACUGUAUUUAAGCAGCAGUCACACAGGUAGGAAUAGGAGAGGGAGGUUUGCAAAACAAGCUCCUGUUUUAAUUGGUCAGUCUGACCACAUAGAUUUUAAUUUCUUUCCAAAGCCUUUAUGGAGGAAGUUUGAGUUCUCUUUUCUCUGUUGAAUCAUAUCCGCUCACUAUCGUUGGGGGUGGUGGGAUGUCGGAAAAGCCCAACAACAAGAUGGUUAAGUUCCUGACUCCCCUUCCCAAGAGUGGUAACGGAAACAACGGGUCUGGCUCGGACUCGCUUGUUGGUGAACGAAUGGCAGCGGAGGUGAGGCGGCGCCACCACACCAUGGAGCGCGACCGUUGCGCUGCAGAACAUCGAACAUUCUUCCGCCGCAGCGUCAUCAGCGACUCCAACGCCACAGCCCUUGACCUCCCCUUACCGAGUAAAAUCCCUGUCCUUGCACCUCUGGUACCCCGCGUGCGAGAUGUCGUGCCCCGGCACUCUGGUGCACUGCCCGCCCCAAGACCUGCACUCCGUGUGACUGUGAGGGAGGAGUUGGCUGAGUGUGAAGGUGGAUUGAAGGUGGAUGUGGUGUCUGUAGAGCAGAAGGCUGCUAUACUACAGGAUAUCUGUGAUGGGGAAGCAGUGGUUGCUCAGCAAGCUAACAGUCUAGCUGCCCAACCUCUGAGCCAAACAACAGAACCUGAACCUGAGAGUGAGGUGAAGGAGAGUGAAGAAGGAGAGGGGAGGGAAGCAGAUAAGGAAGAGAAGGAGAAAGCCCGGGUAGAGGCUGAACUGAGAGAGGCGGAGAAGAAGGUGCAAGAUGACAUUGAGGAAGCCGAGACGAAAGCGGUGGGAACGUCGCCGGAUGGGCGUUUCCUCAAGUUUGACAUUGAGAUUGGACGUGGUUCCUUCAAGACGGUCUACAAGGGCCUGGACACAGAGACCACAGUGGAGGUGGCAUGGUGCGAGCUGCAGGACCGUAAGCUGUCCAAGUCGGAGCGCCAGCGGUUCAAGGAGGAGGCGGGCAUGCUGAAGGGGCUGCAGCACCCCAACAUUGUCCGCUUCUACGACUCUUGGGAGGCCCCUGUUAAAGGCAGGAAGUGUAUUGUGCUGGUCACAGAGCUCAUGACCUCUGGAACACUCAAAACGUAUCUGAAGCGCUUCAAGGUCAUGAAGAUCAAAGUUCUGAGGAGCUGGUGUAGGCAGAUCCUGAAGGGCCUUCACUUCCUCCACACCAGGGCCCCGCCUAUCAUCCACAGGGACCUGAAGUGUGACAACAUCUUCAUUACGGGGCCCACAGGCUCCGUCAAGAUAGGAGACCUGGGAUUAGCAACACUCAAGAGGUCCUCUUUUGCCAAGAGUGUCAUAGGUACCCCUGAGUUCAUGGCGCCUGAGAUGUAUGAGGAGAAGUACGACGAGUCAGUGGAUGUGUAUGCCUUUGGGAUGUGCAUGCUGGAGAUGGCCACCUCAGAGUACCCAUACUCCGAGUGCCAGAACGCUGCACAGAUCUACCGCAGAGUCACCAGCGGGGUGAAGCCGGCCAGCUUCGACAAGGUGGCGAUCCCAGAGGUGAAGGAGAUCAUCGAGGGAUGCAUCCGACAAAACAAGGACGAGAGGUACUCGAUAAAGGACCUGCUGAACCAUGCCUUCUUCCAGGAGGAGACAGGGGUGCGUGUUGAGCUGGCCGAAGAGGACGACGGAGAAAUGGAGGCCAUCAAGCUUUGGCUGAGGAUAGAGGAUAUCAAGAAGCUGAAGGGGAAAUACAAAGACAACGAGGCCAUUGAGUUCUCCUUCGACCUCAGCAAGGAUGUCCCUGAGGACGUGGCCCAGGAGAUGGUGGAGUCUGGCUACGUGUGUGAAGGGGACCAUAAGACCAUGGCUAAGGCCAUCAAGGACAGAGUUUCCCUCAUCAGCAGGAAGCGAGAGCAGAGGCAACAGGUGCGAGAGGAACAGGAGAAGAGGAGGCUGGAGGAGGAGCAGGGCCAGCAACAACAACUACUGCAGCAGCAGCAGGGCCAACCUCAACCAGGGCUCCAGCCCGGCACAGAGGCCCCCCAACCAGCCCAGCCUGUCCCUCAGGCAGCCCCCAGCCAGGCCAACAGGCUGCCCCCUACAUCCCCCCACAGCCCACCCAGCAGCCAACCCAGCCCAUGGCCCCCUACAUCCCCCCUCAGACAGCACAGCUGGGGCCAGGGGGUUCCCUAUAUACCCCAGUCUACAGGGCAGCUCCCAGUCUCUGUCCCAGUAUCGUCCCAGAUUCCAGUCCAGGUUCCAGUCCAGACAGAAUCAGAGAGGCCAGAGGUGGACCAGUACCCACAGCAGACUGAGACUGCCAAUCAAAUGACAGAUAGUGCUCAGGGUUCCUCCGUCCUUCAUGAGACAAAGCCGGUGAUGUCAUACACCUCUCUUCCCAGUCAGCAGCCUCAGCCACAGGCCCCUCCUCCUGUCCAAACAGACCCAUCACGUCAGCCGCAGCAGACCAUGGUGGUUCCUGCUGCUCAGCAUACCACUGUUGCCCCUGGGGCUCCAAGCUCCCAGCCUGCUCCUGGGGCCCCACAACAGGUGCCCCCCCCGCAGGUGACAUUGCCCCCCUCUCAGCCCAUCCCUCCCCUGCACCUCCAGCAGCCACAGCCAGAGGGCAGCGAUGCACCUCAGAACUCAGUACUACCACCUCUCCAGCCUGCAGUCCGGCAAAUACAGGCCUCUGUGAGUGUAUCCCAGCCGGCGCCAGCCGAGCAGGCAGCAGGUCCGACAACACUUGUCCCUCAGUCUGUGGAGAGUUGCCUGUCAGACGCAGCGUCAGGUCUGAGUGACGGCUAUGAAGGGGCGUCGGGUGGUAGACACGAGGGGCGCUCCAUGAUCAAGCGGCACCAGCGGCGUUCCGUACGCAGCCGCUCUCGGCACGAUAAGACCGCCAAGGCCAAGCUCAACGUCCUCAAUAUCUCCAACAUGGGAGACCGGGUGGCAGAGUGCCAGCUGGAGACUCACAACAGGAAGAUGGUGACCUUUAAGUUUGACCUGGACGGAGAUAACCCAGAGGAGAUUGCACAGAUCAUGGUGCUGAGUGAAUUUAUCCUGGAGAGCGAACGUGAGUCGUUCAUCGAGCAGGUUCGUGAAGUCAUCGAAAUGGCGGACGAUAGAGAGGGCAUGAAGGAAGGCUACGCUCAACCACCCUUUACACAGAUUGUGGUGGAUGACCCCUCACAGCAGCCUGACAUGCCCACUCAUCUGCCUGGUGUUCCUCCCAGCGUUGCAGCUCAGGUAGUCCACUCUGCAGGCCGGAGGUUCAUUGUCAGCCCUGUGCCAGAGUCCCGUCUGAGGGAGCAAUUCUUCGGCCCUCCAUCUGCUAACACCUCGUUUGGGGAUGAGCCCCCUCAAGUGAGUCUGGGCCUGUCCCUGUCUGCCCCCUCAGGCCACCUCCAGCAGGCCUUAACUGAGAUGAGGCAGCCGCAUGGGGAGAGACGAGCCACCAUGGGCCACCCAGCCGAGCCAGACACCAGCAUAGUCCCCUCCUCCCUGCGCCCAGCCUCCCCUCUCUCCCACCCUCACCAAACCUUGGCUCCCCCAGAGGCUACAGUCCCCACCAACACUAGCUUCUCCACCCUGCCUCCUGUCUCAGUCAUCCCCUCUGGGUCCUCCACUCUUCCCUCCUCCACAUGCCAAGUUGCAACCGGGAGGGUGUCUCCAACCCCAGUUCCAGCCCCUGCAUCUGCUACCACUGAUCCCACCCCACACCCCCAGCCUGACUACCAAGCUGCCCCCUCUCAGCCGACCCCUGCCCAAAUCACAUCCCCUCCUCCAGCUGCUCCCCAGGCCUCUGCCCCUGUCCCCCCAGCUGCAACCCCCCAGCUGGGAAGCAGCUCUGCCCCUUUCCCCCCUGUCUCUGGAGCUCCACCAAGUAACUCUGGGACUGUGACCAGCUCAGAGCAGCACCCUGCAGCUGACCUGGUUCCUAUUCCAUCUUCUCAGCCUAUCCCUGAGUCCAUACCUGUCACUCAGCCCACCUCCUCCCAGUCCCAGCCUAUCCCUGCCUCUGUCCCUGUGGCACAGUCUGCAAUGGCACCCACCCAACUUCCACCCUCUACCCUGCCCUCCCAACCGUCCCAGUCAGGGGACCCAGAUGGGGUAGAGUCCCAGUCCAAGGUCCCUGGUAUAGAUGACAUACAUGCCCUGGAUAAGAAGCUGCGCUCCCUCUUUAAGGACACAUCCUCUGCAGACACUGGCAACACUGAGACCACCUCCCCCUCCACAGGGACCAUCUCCCCUCCCCCCGGGGCGGCCCCGGUGCCCCCCUCCAACCUGUCUCUCACCGCCGGGGGACAGGGAGCCCAGGGCCCCACCACGACCCCAGGACAGGGCCUCACACCAGGGGGACAUGCACAGACACCUCCAGCCAAGCCUGGUCAAGCCACCAGUGCACAGGUGUAUCCUGUUGGCUCCGAGCAGGCA